AUGAGCCGCAUCCAUCCAGAUCGUCUGCAGAUGAUCUCUCAGGAGUCGAAUGAAAGCCCGUCGUACGAGCAACCCCCGACCGCAGUAUCAGGCCAAUCGAGCCGGUCCUCGGCAAGUUCGCUACCCGAUGACUCCCUCUCUGGUCCUUCGGCGGGUCAUGACAAUGGAUGGGCGUCGCGACGUGCCCGCUCGACUAGCCAAGCUACGUAUUUACCAUCUGACAGUCCGCCUCGGCCGACGACCAAUGCCUCUGCAAGCAUCGUGCGAGCUGCAAGCGACCCUAUCCCGGCUGAGCUGGCCUGGGCGAAUCGUGCUUUGACCUCUACACCAUCCACACCUGCAGUACCUUCGCAUAUUGUCCCCACGGACCCGCGAGUCCCACACUCACACAUAGCACCGGCUCCGAAGCAGCUCGAAAUCCCCAGCGAGGAGCGAAAGCUCGAAUUCCUGUUGAGGACAAUUGAGCAGCGGAUCACCUUAGACCGUACAAUCUCGCGGUGCUGGACGCGCCACGACUCUGAGCUUCUGCUGAAGCUUGUCUCAGAGCACAAAACACUGCACCGCGGCUAUUCCAUGAGAGUCAGGGCGAUGGACACUGCCUUAGCCAGCUUCUUUGUCUUCAUCGACUGCUACCGCGCCAAACGCGUCGAGCCCGAAGUUGAGGAGCCCACGAUUGACGCUCUUCGAGAGGGCGUCCAACACAUCAUCCUCGACCUCUGCGAGGAUGCUAAAACGCAUGUUCGUAAGAGAGCCUACCCGGCGCUGCUUCGCAUGAGUCAAACCGAUCUGACCGUCGUCAAGCAUCAUACGUCCAUCCUUGCUCAGCUACUUCACAACGACGGCGAAGGCGAGCUGGCGUUGGUUCAAGACAUCUUUGCACAGCACAUGUCUCUGUCCCUCUCCGAGUGGCUUCAAGUUGCAAUCGAUGACAUCUGCUUUGGCGAUCUUCGAGGCGUUGUGCUCGAUUUUUUCUCAUCUGUUUUCGGACAGAAGGCUCUCGAAGGCAUUAUCGAUAACGGUCCGCAGGAAGCCCAGCUGGCUCUGCACCUUGCCCCAGUUUUGCCGAUCUCCGAUCGAGAUCAGUACGAGGUGAUCAUCAAUAUCCUGCACUCGCUGCAGAAUGUCUGGCCAGACACAAACGACCCAAGUUCGAUGAAGGAAAAGAAUGCGGCUCGGGAUGCUGGAGCUGCUGUGCUUUGGAACUUAUACCUGGUCUUGAUGGGCCAGAGCAAAACCUUCGUCCCUGGUCCUGCUGAUGUACCCUUACUUACCUUUAAGACCUCGGAACUACUCAGACUAAUUCCGCUGAAUUCUGCGGGUGUUUUUAUUGCGGGUGGAGCGGCUCUGUUCAACGAUUUAGUCAAGCUAUCGCUAGGUAUGGGCGUUCCGGAAUGCCACGAGGUCGACCAUGGUUUCAAGAAGCUGUCUGAAGCCAAAAUCUUUCUCAACGAGCUGGAAGUAUCGACCCGCUAUUUCUUCUGCCUUCUCCCUCCCGGGGACACCGUCGAUGAGCGCAACACGAGCAACAAAGCUUCCGCGAUCCAUCACUUCACGCCCAUUCAGCGGAUUGCCUUCUUUCGUUCUGCCGCAAACUUGUCAACCAAAGUGGCUUCUGCAGCCAAGGAAAUUCCGGCCGAGCUCGGUUAUCCAGGGCAGUCGACGGCAAUCGACAUUACAAAAGUGACCACUAGAGCGCUCAUGACCCACGUCCCGGUAGGAGGGAUGACGAUUCAGGGCAGCGGUAGCGUCGAAGAAAGCACGGCCAUCGCUGAAGCACGCGAAGCCUACUCAUUGCUGGCGGCCGAAGCGCUGCUGAUCGCCAUCCACAUGUGCGAGAGCUAUCUGCUCACCACUGCCGAUGGACUGGCGAAUAUCACAAACGAUGUCCAGGUUCGGGAAAGGGUCAAAGCCCUGACAGCACUUGCACAGCAAGUGGAUAAAGCGCAGUCUGGCUCCAUGGAGGUACUGGAGGCGGCAAAGGUCGUGCGGACACUGGGCAGCGCAUUCUUCAAAGUUCGAUCAAGCGUCGACACCCACACCCUUAUGCCGAAGUGGCUGAUGCAGCCUCUACCUUUGCCUGCUUGGGAGAAAUCGAAGCCGGAAAUGGCCAAAGAGCCAGCUACGUCGAGCAAAAGCGGCUCGAGAGGUCAAAAGCGAUACAGAGACGCCAGCUCCGUCCAGGAGAGACGGGUGGGUGGGAGAGGCGUAGUUCGCGCCAAUAACGACUCCAACGCAGAUACUUGGGAUGUCAAAGGCCCUCCCACGCCAUCAGGUCUUCCCCGUCCCGAAUGUGGCAUCUCAAUUCGUGGAGCGAGUCGGGCCGAUGAUAGGCUUGCAGAACGGGAGCCCGAUGUGUAUCGACCGGAGCCCUCACUCUUUGCUCGCCUCGAUCGACGCGAAGACGAGCCACGCUGUGGUGGCAGAGACUUGUACGCUCGCCAUGAUUUCGGUGAUCCACAUGCGUCUGAUUCGUAUCGCGACGACUAUUAUGGGCACACUAAUCGCCGUGAUGACGAGCAUGUGUCGUCUCGCUCACAUCGAUAUCAGUACGAUGAGCCACACUAUCACGGCUACGACUCCAGAGCAGCAUCCAGCUGGGCUCAAUCGCGGCGUUCAUGA